CAAGCUGCUCCUUCGGGACGCUGAGAAAGAGCCGGAUAAAUAAUUAAUCAGAGGAGAAAGCUCUCCUUAUCCCUACUUCACAUAACCUUGUCGCCGAGGCUCUCGUCUGCCUGACCCCAGCUGCAAUGCUCCUUCACUCUGAUGAAGUUUGGGGAUUCGGAUAAAUCGCAUGACGCGGCGCUGAUGGCGGAGAGAGAAAGGGGGCAAGUCUUGCUUUUCGUGACUCCGGGUUGCAGAGUGGCGCCAGCGCCGGUGUCCCCCGAGCCGACUGCUUUAUAACUCGGAUGUCGUUGUCCAAUUCCAGCGUCUUUUUACUGAACGAGGGUUCAGCCGAUUCAUACACGAGCAGACCAUCGGAUUCCGACCUGUCCCUGGAGGAGGACCGCGAGGCGUAUCGGCGUGAAGCCGAGCGCCAGGCCCUGCUACAGCUCGAGAGAGCCAAGACUAAACCGGUCGCGUUUGCUGUGAAAACGAAUGUCAGUUACUGCGGGGCUCUAGAUGAGGACUGCCCAGUCCAAGGUGCUGCUAUCAACUUUGAAGCCAAAGACUUUCUACACAUUAAAGAGAAAUAUAACAAUGACUGGUGGAUCGGAAGGCUAGUGAAGGAGGGGUGUGACAUCACCUUCAUCCCGAGCCCGCUCCGGUUGGAAGCAAUGAGGCUAAAGCAAGAACAGAAACCAAGGAAGCCUGGGGGGAACUCGUCAGCCAGUCUGGGGGAUAUGGUCUCAGGAGGAUGGAGAUCCACUCCUCCUUCCACUGCCAAACAGAAGCAAAAACAGACAGAGCAUAUCCCCCCCUACGACGUGGUUCCUUCCAUGAGGCCGGUGGUGCUGGUUGGUCCCUCGCUGAAGGGAUAUGAGGUGACUGAUAUGAUGCAGAAGGCACUGUUCGAUUUCCUGAAGCACAGGUUUGAUGGAAGAAUAUCUAUCACCCGGGUAACUGCUGACCUUUCUCUCGCCAAACGAUCCGUCCUCAACAAGAAAACCAUCAUGGAGCGCUCCAACACACGCUCCAGUUUAGCGGAGGUGCAGAGUGAGAUUGAAAGGAUCUUUGAGCUGGCUAAGACUCUGCAGCUGGUGGUGCUGGACGCAGACACAAUCAAUAACCCGGCACAACUCGCCAAGACCUCUCUCGCGCCCAUCAUUGUUUACGUCAAGGUGUCCUCGCCAAAGGUGCUGCAGAGACUGAUCAAGUCGAGGGGAAAGUCUCAGACCAAACACCUGAAUGUGCAGAUGAUGGCCGGGGAUAAACUCAUCCAGUGCCCCCCAGAAAUGUUCGACGUGAUCCUCGAUGAGAACCAGCUGGAGGAUGCUUGUGAACACCUGGCUGAAUACCUGGAGGUGUACUGGCGUGCGACACAUCUACCCGGCUCCACCCCCGUAAACCCCCUGCUGGAACAAAACCUGAUGACGCCGCCCUCCGUCAUAUCCAGUUUACAGGAGCAGCAGCUGCAGGAGGAGCGAGGGGAGCAGGACAGCCCGGUGCAGUCGGACGAGACGAGCGAGACUUCGCGAGGGGGCGGCAGGGCCUGGCAGCCGCCCUCGCAGCGCGGCUCCCUCCAGCUCGACACGGACGAGUAUUCAGACGCCUACCAGGACCUAUACAAACCUCACCGCAACCCCACCCCCAGCCUGCGCAGUGCCAACGGGCACGACUCCCAGGACCGGCUGCUAGAGCGCGACUCUGAGCAGAGCCACAAUGAGCACAACAACCGCCAGCGCAGCCGGGCUUGGCCGCGGGACAGCUACUGAGCGCCACCCGGUGGCGGGCUGGGGUGGGUGCGGGGGGGUUGCAACAGGGACAGAAUUGCAAUCGGUGACAGUAACACUUUUUUUUUUUUUCUGCGGUGUUCAUAUUGUUUUUGUUUUUUUUUUCUGUUCCCUUAGAUUUUUACGAUGUUUGCCGUCGUUCGCCAUGCUUCUCGUGUCAGGGUGGCUCAGAGUUCAGGAGCUGGUCUUCAGUUCUAGUUUGGAUGCAAUGUAGGCGAGUGGCUUUAUAUUAGCACCAGCACCAUCUAGUGGACAGCAGUGUAUUGCUAGCAAAACUAAAGCAGACUUGUGGCAGAUCACUAGCUCGCUCUGGCCUUGCUUCUAAAACAACCCUCGAUGUGAUCAAACUGGUAUUUACAGCAGGCAACGGGAGCUGAAGAGCAGCUCCAGAAAUCUAAAGCAGGUUAACAGAAAAUAAAGUAAUUGAGUAAGCACUGAUCAUAAACAUCAUAAAGGGGCAGAAAAGUAAAAGUGGAACAUGUUGAAGCUGUUUACAUCUUCUCUCCUAUUUGGUGUAGUUUUUUGAUCUCGGUUUGAAUGGCACACUCAUCCACUUCCUGUGCUGUAGGUAUCCGCGGAGUAAGUACGUGGUUUUUCGUUAAGCGCUGGCGUAUAUAGCAGCACUUCUGAGCGGAAGAAAUAGUGGGUAGCUAAUCGGGUAAUUGCAGAUGGCUCCCGCUGUUGCAUGGUAACCAGUGAAAUGACAUUUGGAAGUGCUAAUCUGGAGCGCCACAGCACAUGUUUGAGGAUUUCCCUUCCCUUCACUGCACCACUACAAUCCUCGGUGAUCAUCCUUCGCAUUUUAGUUGAUUAUGCGGUGCCAAUUUCUGCACUGCAGCGAAAAAAGAAUUAUAACAAUAAUUUGAAAAAUCAACCUGAAAAAAGUGUUACCGAAGCGAAAUGACCACUAAACCAGAGUGUGCCCGAACAGGGCUAUACCAAACCCAGCUGAAUGAAAAGCAUUACAAUGCAUUCAUUCAUUUUUUUUUUUUUUUUUUAAAGCGUUCAGGAGGCCAGAUUAGAUGUAUAAUGAAUUAGAUUACCAGAUCAUUCUGAUUGUCCGUGUCCGUCUGUUUAGUUCACGCCCUGUUUGCACUCUGACUGGGAAGAGUAUUGUUGCUUGUUGAGGACCUUUAAUGCCUUUGGUUUUUACACAGUCAUCCAAUCACGGCAGCCCGGAUUUUGAUUAGCCUGUUUGGCUUGUUUUCGGCUUUUGUAAAUCCUUUCAGACCUGUCCGAGUUUCUCUCUUCGGAGGAGCCAAGACGAGCGAUAGCGCCGCUGUAGCCAUAGCACCAAGCCCCCCAUGUUAUAUAGCUGUGCUAUAAUUUUGAUUGAAUCCAACUGUGUAAACGCGCCUCUAUAGAAUCAUGAUGGUGAACGCUCGAUUUUGGCUACCUUUUAGUUUUUCACUUUUUUCUCUGUACGUUUGCAUUUGUAUGAUGUACAUUUUAAAGGGGAGGGGGUUGAAAUGCCUGCUACAUGGAACAAAGCUUGCCUUUAGAUAAGGGGUAGGGAGUGUGGGGGGGGGGGGUCUUAAUGCACAUUUGCCUGCUAGAUCCUGCUUCUUUUGCUAACCAGAGGGGGAGGGGGUCGUUAACUUUUUCUUUUUUUUUUUUAAACAUAUGCUAUGAAUUUUUGCUUGGUUAUUUUUGAUACAGUAUUAAUGAAUGACUGAUUGUAUUGUUGGAUUGCUGCACACGUCGUCUUUUCAAAGGAGUAAAAAAAAAACGAAAGUUUCGUUUUUAAACUUUUUUUUUUCACGGAAAGUAGCAGCCUUUUAUACUAAAUGAUAUAGAUUGUAUUGCAGUAUAUGCCUUCCUAAAUACCUAAUCCGUUAUAGUUUCUUCACCUGUAUCAGUAUUACUGUUGUGUAAAGACAUGCAGGGGCUGCUAUUUUCGCGUUUAUAAAACAGGGUAUAAAAAGGAACUGAUAUCGCAGCUCCGGAGGCAGACUGUCUCUCCGCACUUGGAUAAAUCCAUGCGCAUGUGGCAGUCUGCCUUAUCCCGUGUUAGAAGUUUACCAUGAAAGCAUAGCAAAGUGUAAAGCGCAUUGAUGCAUUGCAAAGCACAGAGAGGUAUGGUAAAGCCUAUUUAAAAAAAAAAAAAAACAUGUUACUAUGGGAUCCUUUUAAAAACGUCCCAUAGUAAAAGCAUAGCACAGUGAAAGCAUGGUAAAGUAAGCAUUGUAAAUGUGUUUUACGUAAAGCAUAUUAUUAAACAUGGCAAACCAGGGUAAAGGCAUUAUAAAACUGCAAAAAUACAGUGGUAAGCUUUUAUGAGGGAUAGUCUGCUCUAUGUGUUUUUUUCUCUUUCGGAAACAAUCGUUGAUUCGGCGUCUUUCCUUUGCGCGUCCCUGGCUGGGCAGGGCAGAACUCCAGUUUUAGGUUUAUCGCAUGUACAAAAAAAAUAAAACCUUUUAGAAACAAUUUGCACAUUGAGUUGAGAGGGAAGAUAAAACAGAAACGGUACUAAUUACCAGAGGCGCAGUUGGAUGUCUCCCGAGCCCCUCCAUUCACAGCAUCUCCUUGCUGCACAGAGAGAGUCUCUGCUGAACGGCUCACCCGUACACCGCGAUUAAUUUCACGUGACUUUGCAAAUGCGGCUUUGCUUUGAGUGAGUUCAGUGGAUUAACCAGGUCUGAUAAAAAUGAGAGAACUGAACAGAGUGCGCUGUAGUUAAAAUACGCUACUCCACUGUACCCGUGCAAAACAAGGACUUCCAGAAAAUACACAAUCCGCAGUUAACCGGUGCGUAUAACUGUGCGUUAAUGCGCUUGGCGGCUUUAUCAAAUGGUUUUUAUUGCAGCAUGAUGAUUUGCCAUAGCAACAAUGACCUUAUUAAAACAUUUUUAAGUGGGUUUCUAAUAGAUUGCCUCUUUAAAGUGAGUGUGUCUGUCGAAAGCAGCGUCACGGCUCCCCUGCCAGUACGGCGUUGGUGUUUGGAGGGGUUCGGGAAACGGCCCGACGCGCAGACUCUCUGGAAAGCUUGUACAUAUCAAGAGACCCUGCUUUUUAUGUCGGUAUGAACUUGUAUCUUGUUGAAACUGUUACAAUGUUUACACAUUUUAGGAUUGUUUCUAAUUAACAUUUUAAGAAAACAGGGAAAGCAAAGUCGUCUUUGAGAAGAAAAAAAAACCUUCAGAAAGCUGCAUUAUAUUUCAUAACGUGAUUUUUAAAACCGUGCUUUUUAAAAGUAUUACGGGCUUACAUUUUAUUUUUUAUUUCUUUGCUCUUCAUGAAAAACUGAGGUUCAAAUGGGAGCCGAUAAACGAACAUUAAUUAAGUAAUUUGAGAUUCUGUAACAGUAGUGAGUGACUGGUACCCCAUCUCCUGCCACACAAACCAUAACAUGGGGGUAAGUUUAAGAAUCAUGCCCUAGAAAGAUGCAUCAAUUUUUUAUUUGCCAAAGGAGGCAGCAUGCUUGUACAAAGUGCCAAUUUAUCCCAAAUCUGCAAAAUUGAAAACUAACAUAACACUAACACACACAACGCCUUCACCUCAUCAUAACGGGUGUGUUUGUAAUGACAGCCCGAAGCGUGCGACACAGACAGCACUUCAGUGAUUCCAUUGGGAAUGUCUCUUGCGUGCCUUCGAGCACUCAACUGCCUUUUAACCUUAAGAGUCAGUUUCAAUAACGGUGAUUUAUUAAUGGAGGUUUCACGGUUUUAACGCGUUUUAAUAAUUUCACCUCCCUACAGUAUCGCUCUAAAGGAAUAAGUACUAGGAGCUAGGAGCGCUUGCAGUAGCGCAAAACGCCUUAUUUCUGAUUAUUCACAAGUCAUACAGCAGCGCCUCUACGAUCACUUGUCAGCGAUUCAUUUAAUGUGCUAGAAAUAGUGUUUCUAUCCCUAAUUACAAACGAUAGCCAUGCGUAUAUAUAGUAUAGUGCUAAAUAUUAUAUCCUAGAUAGGAGAUAUUCUGAGUUAGUCAAUACAGUAGUAAAUAAGAGUAUUAGUAUUUGUUAGUUGUAACUUUAUCAAAUGUAUUGUUUAAAAUAUGUCCUGUAAAUGCAACAAAUAGUCCUUGAGUGUAGAAUCCUGACUGUUUUCUUCUGCCGGUAAGAGGCACCACCUCAUAUUUAAGAUUACAGCACAGGGGUAGAGCAUGUAGUGUGUAUUGUUCUUGAGCUGUUGCUUGAGCUGUUCUGUAAUGUAAUCUUACUCCAGAUGGGCUCAGAUGCCAACAUAGUUUUGUUUAUUUCUGUAUAUUUAAGUAGGAUGGCACGUUUUUUAAAUGAUUUGUAAAUUAGGUCAGUUGCACGUUCCAUUAGUAUAGGACCUCAUGAAUUCAAACUGAUACCAUCUUGUCUAGUUUUUAAAAUACAAAAUACUACAAGCAGCAAUUCCUGACCAAGUUGCAAAAAAAAAAAAAAAAAAAGCUUUUUUUGUUUCGUUCAGGCUGAUUUAAAGGAAAAAAGCGCUUUUCCCAGACGUAAAUGCGUUUGGAUGUCAAUUCCGAUUUGUUUCGUGCGUAUUCAAAUGGUUUGAACCCUAGUACUGUGACCCUAUAGAAAUAGCUACAUUUGGGACGAAUUGGUAAUUCUCUACAGGGUGCCAACCUUUUCUGAACCUUUCCUGCAAAGACAAACAUUACAGGGGCUUAAUAAAUGUAUUUUAUAGAACUAUACUAGCCCAUGUCAGAAAAAUAUAGGUUGUGCAAAUCGCAUCUUUUUUUUUUUUUUUUACCUCCACAGUGUGGCUGUCACUUCUGCAAUUAAUCUCUUGGUUCUCAGGCAGUCAAAGCCUCGUUCUGUGGCUCUAUCAUUUUGAUGGGCCAUUGCUGCCCUCCGGUGGCCAAAGGGUAUUAUUGCACAUUGUAUUCCUUACCAGAACAGUAUUUUGUAUUGUGCUGCAUGUUAAUCCCUAAACAGCCGGUAUACAAAGCAAGGUUCAUCAACUUCAACUAAUGUAACCCCUCCCCCCUCCGUUUCCUUUCUGAUUGAUGCUUUAUUGUUUGAGCACAAAAACACGUUUCUGUAAUAUACUGCAGCUUCUCAAACUCAGUCGUUUCUAUGUGUAAGAAAUCUCUAAUUGUUUAGUAUUUUGGAAGAAAAACCACAGCAUGAUUGAAAGAGAAUUUUCCCUAUGCAAGUGUUGCAUGAUACCUGAUUGUUUGUUUAUACUGUUCAACUGGAAUUUAACUAUUAUGACUACUGGGUUAACCAAUUUCCCUAUUUUAUA